CGUUAGUAUCUCCAGUUUCCGGGAAUUUAUGCAGUCAGUGUCGUUGAACGGUCGUCAUGGGGCCAAUCUCAGGUACCAUAGAGUUCUUACAUUGGCCCAGUCGAAGUGUAGAGAGGUGAAGAGCUUGCGCCAGUUGGUUGUGCCGGUGGUUUGGAUAGUAGCGCAUUGGGAGACCGAGCAGUACGCAAUGUGCCGGCAGCCUGAGUGUCACGAGCUCUCUGAGUCCUGAGUCCUGAGUCUCUGACUUCCACUCCCUCCACAUACAGCCUCCAGGUCUCCCCCCUCUUUUUCACCACCACCUCCAAGAGGACCGACGCAGUGUGUGCCCUUGUCCAUCACCACAAUCACUUGCUGGUGCUACAUAACAUCCAGUUCUGCAUCAUUCCACUUCAGACGUGAUCAAGGAUCUGGGAGCAUCCUAAAUCAAUUGAUACACGGAGUUAGUUAAUUCAGCGACUGAGUUAUUCAUUCCAUAAAAUAUCGUUUCGUAAUUAGUGAUGACGUUUUAAAUUCAUUGAUGUGUAAUGUUUGUUUAUGCAGAGACUCAAUUAUUUAUUCAUAGCAAUGAGAAUUGAUUUUUUUUUAAUGUUAUGGAUUAGAGGGAUUUUUUUUUUUCAAACCGGUGAAUUGUGAAAUAUUGUAAUGAAUAAUUAAAUUGAUUUAAUAUAUUAAUUGGUGACGAAUAAGAAGAAUUGAUCGGUGAAUGAAAUAGUGGGAAGGAUUUAGUGACGAGGGGACAACUGAUUGAUUAUUUCAUGUUGGAGAUUUGUGAUUACUGAUUAUGUUGAUGGGCUGUUGGGAGGAGCCGUUGAGGCUUGAUUUCAUGGAAAUUAUUGGAGGAGAAACGACCCUCUUCAACGGCGAUUGACGAACCUUUGCUCUGGAUCGUCGAGCGAGAUUGAUGGGAUCAGAGUGAUAUUGAUCAUUAGGUUAACGUGAUUUCACGGAAUCAAACGGUUUCAGGGGCCAGUGGGGAGAAGUUGAGAUUUUUUUUUCGGCUUUCACGAUUUGAUUCGACAUUUGGCUUUGAUGUCGUGAACUUCAGUGAACUGUGGAUUAUUGAUGAGAAGUUUUAUGGGAGGGUGAGCUGUUCAUCAUUCAGACUGCUAAAAAUUUUCAGAAUUUCGGAGUGGAUAAUUGAAGAUGAUUAAAUAUUUGUGGCUGUGUGUGGCUGUGGUGGCAGCAUUGCCUGCAGCUGUUCCAUGGGAAACGCAGCGCAGUAAGCCCAUGCCACGUUUAUAUGGCGACAGGAUUCCCACGAGAGUCCUAACACCGAGCAACAAAAAAGUUCAGAGGAAAAUCGUUCUCUACCACAACUUCUUCAGGACACACGUUAGUCCUACAGCCUCUAACAUGCUGUCAAUGAAAUGGCACAAUGGUGCUGCUAAAGCAGCUCAAAGAUGGGCGGAGGCGUGUUAUGCCCUGACCCACGACAACGCAACGGGUUUACAUAUUGAUGCCUUCGGUAGUUGUGGACAGAACAUAUUCAUUUCAACAGCACAAGUACCCUGGUUCUUCGCUAUAAAAACAUGGUACUUGGAGCACCAGAUUUUCAAGUAUGGUCCACACGCUGAGAACGAUCUCAGCCAAAUAGGCCAUUACACCCAGAUGGUGUGGGCACCAACUCAUCGUGUUGGAUGUGGUUGGGCAAAGUGCAAUGGUACGAGGGGUCCACAGGGAAGACCAUACUUCAGUUACGUUUGCAACUACUGUCCCGCGGGCAAUCAUCCGGAUCGUCUGAGCACACCUUACACAGCCGGGCCUUCAUGCAGCAGCUGCAAGGAUCACUGUAGAGUCGGUAAACUCUGUAAGAAUGCCUGCCCAUGGGCUGAUUUGUGGGCCAACUGUCGCCAGCUUUACGAAACGUGGCCCGGAUGGUUGUGCCAGACCGACACAGAUCAGGGCAUCGAGAGACUUCAAUUCUGUCGGGCUACAUGCAGGUGCCGUGACAAAAUAGUGUAAAUUCAUUUGUGUUAAACACCUCUGAUACCGAGAGAUAAAACUGUUUAAUCUAUAGCAAUUGAAUAUCUUACGGACUAUCUAAUUUAAAUUGUGCGUUGGAAUGAUUAAUUGGGGUGGGUGAGUGCACAUCCAUUAAUGAAAAAUUCAAAUUUUCACAUGGAGUCGAAUAAUUUUGUUGUUUCUGUUGUGUGUGUAUUUUUUUGGGACUUUUUUUCCCUCCUAUUCUCUUUUGUUGUAUCAGAAUUUAUUAUUCAGACAAUUGUUCGUAAUUGUUCGUAAUUUGUACAGCUAUUUUAGGGGACGUAUGGUAUGUAGAAGUGAUUGUGAAUAGUCUCGUAUGUCAGUCAGAAAAAAUUUCGCUGCCAAAAUGAAUUUUUGUUUUUCCAAAUUGUUAUAGUCACUCACGUGUACGUUUUUAAUUCUAUGUUCAUUGUUUUUUAUCUUUCGUGAUAGGGAUGGCGUGAAGAGGAUGAGAAAAAAUGCCAGAUUAUUCCGAGUGGAAUGGGGCAAAUGGGUGAGCGUGAGUGGCACUCGGGGCGAGUAUACAUAUUUUCAGGCGUGGUCUUUUGAUAUCUGUAAACGAUAAGCUGUCCGUAUUUUAUGCAUGCUCUUGUAUAUAAAGUAGUUGUACAACUAAAGAGGAAUCAUUCAAUGGAGAAACAAAAAUUCUCUUUCUUUUGGAAAUCACACCGGAGUAAAAUGACACUUCUGCUUUUUUUUCAAUAAGUGUUUUUUUUUUAAUGUACCUCCCAGGGUAAAAAAAAUUGUA